CUUCCCCAAUAAUUUGUCCACUCAACAAGGCCAAGUUUACUCUCGCUGGCACUUGCACUACACCUUCCACCUCUUUGAUAAUCUGCACAUCAUCACGAUGAGGUUUUCUAUCCCUGCCCUCCUCUCCCUCGCUGUCGCCUUGAUUGGAGUGGCCAGUGCCACUUCCACAAAGACCCAGAUUGAAGCCUCAGCUUCGUUUCCUGAGAGCAACCAGUUCGGCCGCGUCGUGAACGGGGAGAAAAAUGUGAUCAAUGUUCUGCUUGAAAAUAAGGGCGAGAGUGAGGUGGAAUUGACUGCUAUCUCCGGGUCGUUCGAAAAUCCGGACACUGGGAAACUAUUGCGCAACACGACAACACUCCCAUUUAAAGGUCAACUCUCAUCUGGAGUUAAACAAACUGUUCCCUACCCAUUUUACAGCGAAUUUAAGCCUCAAGACGUGCGCCUUCAGAUCUUUGCUCACUACAAAAUUGGGGGAGAGACUCAUCACGUCCAAGCAUAUAAUUCCAUCAUCUCUAUCGUCGAGCCACCAGCCUCAAUAUUUGAUGUCACAUUGAUUGUUACGUACCUUCUCAUUAUUGCCAUUCUCGGCGGUGGCGCCUACUUGUUAGUUGCGAAGUAUUUCCCUCGACAACUCCACGCUGCUCUCUCUAAGAAGCCGAAGGCUUUCAAGGCAGCACCAUCUGCUGCACGUGCCAAAACAGCCAGUACGAAGGGCUAUGAACCCGAAUGGAUCCCACAACACAUUUUGAAGGCUGAUAAGCUUGCCAAGGCCGCGAAGUUAAGGGCGAAGAAGAACAAUCCCAUCAGCAGCGGUGAUGAGAGCGGGGUUGCAAGCGGGGUUGCGAGCGGCAAUGAGAAGCGCAAGAAGAAAAGCACAUAG